AUGUCAAUGGUGGAGACACAUGAGGACUAUGAUAUUUACGACAUGGUGGCUGCUGGCCCGCCCAGAAAACAGAAACGGAGCACCGUCGCGGAGUUCUUCCGAAACUUGGGGAAUGGCAGGAUGUCGAACAGUGCGAGGUACAGGGCGUCACGGAUAAUGAAACCACCGUCACCCAAGAACAAGCCACCCAUGAAGUCCCUCGACAUUGACGAAGCGAUGAUUGAUCGAAUCAUGGGCAAGCCCAAGGAUGCGAAGAAGGCCUCAGACAACUUCAUCCUACAGCAAAAGAUUCGAGCACGAUCUCGUUCGCGAACACGUGGAGCAAACUCGACCGACGAACCACGAGGAGAGGAUGGCAAUCGAGGACGUGGGCGUUCAAGACCGCUUACGACCGAGGAAGCACAGUAUAUGUUUGUUGGCGCACCAUAUUUCAACGUGGGGAAGACCAAGAAUGGAUAUCGGCCGCAGGUGGUGUUUGUGGAUGAAAAGUCAAAGGUGUACAACCCGACCUCAACCGAUCAUGGCCCUUUCAGCCAUCCUUCCUUCGAGGCUAGCACACUGGCUACCGAGUCGGCCAAGAAAGACGCACGAGCUGUCUUGACGAAUUCAAGAACAGCACUGAUGGAGAUGCCAAACAUGAGCAGCUCGAAUGGAAUGGACAUGGGAACGACCAGCUUUGAACACUUCCUUCAACUUGCUGUGUCUGACAGCGUUAAGUUCGCACCUGAGCUGUCCAGGCUCGACAGCCGCCGGCUAUUGUAUACCAGUCCUGAGAAACUGGGCCUCCUGGAAGUCAACAUGGACGCGAACAUUGAUCGCCUUUCUGAGCUCGGUCCUUUACACACAUCGCAGCAAGAUCAUCAACGAAUCAUGGCCACGACCAACGAUUACACGAUAUCAGAGAUGGGGCAGGCACUUUUCACGAGUUUCCUCCAUCUCCCAGACGGCAUCGAAAGGAAGAACAUCCCACUGAGAACGCAGAUCGAGGCCCUGCAGAAGAUCCUGGCUCAGAAAGAUCUGUGGCAUGAUUUCAGUCAGCCCGAUACGCGUUUGAGAGUCGGACAGCUGCUAUGGUCUGCACCGAAUGUGAGCAGACGACCAUCCUUUGUUGAAAGAGACCUGGAACCCAACGAGCGUGAAGUUGCUUUGCUGCAAAUCACAUUAGCUUCCGAGCUUCUAAUACGACACAACAUCGCCAAAGCUUCAACGUUGCAAAGAGGACGAGGAGCUGGCUUCUUCACCGAAGCCGAUCGUAUUGCCAUCGAGGGCCAGAGGACGGCCAAGGUGAACUGGGAUCUCGUAUUGGCAGAACGCUUUUUGGAUAAUGUCGAAGUCAGCGUCCGACUGCCCAACAAGUCCAAUCGAAAUGGCCUUUUCAGCGCCAUUUCACAUCUGACUUCGAAGGAUGGACCAGAACCAUUCUAUCAGCCCAAACACCAGGACGAGCAGAUCUCUGGUCUUCUCCACUUCGCGGAAGCUAUUCAUUGGCCAGACUCAGAACGACUGGAGAAGGCCCUAAUUGCCAAACUUAUGCGAUCACCGGCGGAACAAGCUGCCAAUGUACCCAAGGAUGAUGACAGUCUUUAUGAAACGCCUCUACAGAGUCCUUGGCAAACGGGGUGGACUGGCGACUCGGACCCUCUCAACGCAAGCGAGAAGGCACAACGAUUCUUGGGCAUCCGUCGACAGAGCCGGUCAAGUCGGCCUGGUACAGCGAAGAGCGAUCGUGCCAGCCAUGUUGGCUUGAUGCGUGGCGAUAAUGCGUCCAAGAUGCAGCUGCACCGAGCAGUCAACGCAGAGUAUGCUGGAGCUGAAGUGAAUGUCGGUGGAUGGCUCAGUCGGUCCUGGUUGAGCGGUUUGGUCAUGCCUGGAGAUGCUGCCCACCACUUCCUCAUGAGCACGCUCUUGGAGAACACGCCUGCUGCCAUCGAGACUCUCGGAGAGUUCGCCAAUCUGCAAGGUGGAUUCGUCUACCGAGGCCGCAGCUACUGGAGCAAUAACCAUGUUGUAGGACGAAUCAUGGCAGCCGUGAAAGGAGCAACGGAAUCCAUGGGCUGGAUCUCCGUCCCAGGUACGCCCCUAGGCUACAGAGAAGGCUGGGUGGACCUCGAGAUCCAAGACGUACCGUACUGCGACGCUUCAACCACCAGGAUCACCGAGUCGGAAGCUGUAGGGAAAGACUCCGACCCCAUGGGUAACAACGACCGCAUGGCCGUCCAAGAAGGCGACUUCGCAAGCCCUCACGACGGCUUGCCUGUAAUGGGCAACGAAGCACGAUCGCAAGGCCUCGCCUUCAAAGAGUCUGAAUUCGCAGGGGAGGGACUCACAGCAUCCAUCACCUUCAACUCGCCCAUCAACAGCAAACUCUCCGCCCUCGAGGUCGCCAUAACAUACGACGUCCACUUCGUCUCCUCUUAUCCCUGCCACCCAGAAGAACGCAAACCCCAGAUAAAAGCCAAACCCAAGCAAGACCCAGGAGAAUUCUACGGCGACUGCCUCCCCUCCGACUUCCAAGACGAAGAGAUCAUCGAAGAAAUCGGACCAAAAGACAGCGCUCGCUGCUCGCACCACUCCAAAGGCGGAUACAUCAUGGCCGAAGACGCCAUGCGAGAAAUGGCCCCUCCGCCCUGCCACGCCCUGCACAUCGACUACAAGUACGAAUCGAUACCCGUGGCGACACUCCUUUCAGCGCCACCGGAGGAACGACCUCGAGCACUUUCCGUACCAGAUGCCCGUAUCGCAUACCCGGAAGACGCCCCGGAGAACGUCGUCGUCCUCGAUUGCCGAGGGACAGAAGAUCUCCAAUUACUCGCCCGCGCCUGGUGCGCCAAAGUCGGCGAGAAUGCCAUCGUGGCCAAGACGUCUCGUACGUGUCUUGCGUGCUCUAUUCGGGAGGCCAAGGCGCUAGGUAUUGCGGUUGUGAUACGCAUCUAG